GAUUUAACGGCUGCCCACUCCUCGCUCCUGCACCGACCUCCAGGGGAAAGCGCUUUGUUACCAACCGUAUACAAAUUCUACGCGGGUUACCCAAGUCCGACUCAAUUAAAAUACAGUAGCCCCAGAGAAGUAGGUUUUGGAGAAAUAACGUGUACUGUCUCUUUAAGAUCCCUUGGCUAGUUUGCUUCGUAUUGAUCAAUCCACCAUUUUCCAACACACAGCGGCGGCAGUGGUAACACAGCGACAGCUAACCCUACCUGGAGACGCCAGGACCCGGGGCAGUCAUGGCAGCGAACAUGUACCGGGUUGGAGAUUAUGUUUAUUUUGAAAACUCAUCCAGUAACCCAUUGCUGAUCCGGCGGAUAGAAGAGCUCAACAAGACGGCCAAUGGAAACGUGGAGGCUAAAGUGGUCUGUUUCUACCGACGCAGAGACAUCUCCUCAACGCUCAUCGCCCUCGCCGACAAACACGCACGAGAGAUGGAGGAGGAGAUGGAGAACCCAGAGUUGAACCCAGUUGACCUGCCAGAGAAACAGAAACACCAGCUGAGACACCGAGAGCUGUUCCUGUCCCGCCAGCUAGAGUCACUACCCGCUACACACAUCAGGGGGAAGUGUUGUGUCACUCUGCUGAACGAGACAGAGGCUCUGAAGUCCUAUCUGGACCGAGAGGAUGCGUUCUUCUACUCCCUGGUCUACGACCCCCAACAGAAGACUCUUCUGGCUGAUAAAGGGGAGAUCAGGGUGGGGAACAAGUACCAGGCAGACAUCACAGACUUCCUCAAAGAGGGUGAGGAGGAUGGCAGGGACCUGGCCAAGCUGGAGGAGAAGGUGUGGGACCCCAGCAGCCCCCUCACAGAGAAACAGAUCGACCAGUUCCUGGUUGUGGCUCGGUCAGUGGGUACCUUUGCGCGGGCUCUAGACUGCAGUAGUUCUGUCCGGCAGCCCAGUCUUCACAUGAGUGCUGCUGCUGCCUCUAGAGACAUCACCCUAUUCCAUGCCAUGGACACCUUGGAUAAGACGGGUUAUGACAUGACACGGGCCAUCGCUGCCCUGGUUCCCCAGGGAGGACCUAUUCUCUGCCGGGACGAGAUGGAGGAGUGGAGCGCCUCAGAGGCCAACCUGUUUGAAGAGGCCCUGGAGAAAUACGGAAAAGACUUCACAGACAUACAACAGGACUUUCUGCCCUGGAAGUCCCUGACCAGUAUCAUAGAGUAUUACUACAUGUGGAAGACCACAGACAGAUACGUACAGCAGAAACGGUUAAAAGCAGCGGAGGCAGAGAGCAAGUUGAAGCAAGUCUACAUCCCCAACUACAACAAACCCAACCCCAACCAGCUGAGUGCUAACAGUGUGAAGCCUGGCAUUGUGGGAGGCCUAGUGAAUGGCUCCGGGGCUGCAGCUGGAGCCACAGUCGGAGCUGGGGGUGUCCCGGGGGUGCUACCACUGCCCCCAGGACAGACCCCAGGACAGACCCCAGGACAGACCCCAGGACUGGGCCGCGCUUGUGAGAGCUGCUACACCAUCAGCUCAUACCAGUGGUACUCGUGGGGUCCCCCCAACAUGCAGUGUCGUCUAUGUGCCUCCUGCUGGACCUACUGGAAGAAGUAUGGAGGACUGAAGAUGCCAACAAGACUGGAAGGAGAGAGGCCUGGACCCAACCGCAACAACAUGUCUCCCCACGGUGUUCCCAUGCGUCACAGCGGGAGCCCCAAAUUUGCUGUAAAGACGAAACAGGCCUUCUACCUGAUGACCACUCGGGUGACACGCGCCGCCCGACGCUUCUGUCAGGACAUCAUCAGACCACGCUUCCUUGCCAGGCACCCCUACCUCCCCCUCAACACAGCCCAAAUCAAACAAGAAUGUGCACUGCGGUUGCCAGACGAACCCAAAAAGCCAUUGCCGCUGAAGCCUGUUGACAGGAAGCCUCUGGAGUCAGUGGUCCGAUAUCUUGAGGCCCACCCGUGCCCACCCAAACCUGACCUCCCGCGCGGCCAGACUGUAACCACAGGCAGCCUGACACCCAUCAAGUCGACGCCUAACAUCCUCAACAACGGAUCACCUACCAUCCUGGGCAAACGCACCUACGAGCAGCACAACGGCAUGGACGGAACAAAGCCCAAAGCUCCACAGUGGGACAUCAUGGCCAAGAGAACAGCUGAGCCAGGCAGGACCACUUCUGCCCCCAUGCAGCAGGACGAGGUACAUGAAUUAGACUGACUGACCACAGCAGGGACCUCACUACAACCUUCAUAUAAGGUAAAUGAAAUGGGAAGGCAUUUUUCCACAUCCAAAGAUGGAGUUGGGCGGAUUUGAGUGGAGCAGGGCUGGAGGCCGCAGCACCAUCAUUGAUUGGCCACCAUCUCACACAAUCAGCAUGAGCCUGAAAACUGUCAAAGACCAACCAACCAAUCGUCUUUUGGAAUGGAAGGAAUAGAACUAAGGCUGUGGCCUAUCAGAAGAUUGCCUGACUGUACAGGACUGUGUUUAUUACUUAACCUUUCUUGUUAUUACUGUCAUUACUGUAAUUAUUAUUAUUGUUAUUAUUUUGUUUAUUUUUGUUUACAUUUUUUACCAACUAUAACCCGAAGCUUAAGUUUAAUUGUUGAUAAUAAAAAAAAAAAGAUGAAACUUAGUUUCGUUGUUGCGUGGAAAACCCCUGUGGAAAAGGGUGAAAGAAGGACUGUCUGUAUUGUAAUAUAAGCAACUUGCAUCUUUUUUUAACAGGUUUAUUAAACAUAUGGCAAGGAGAUGAACAUUAAUUUCAAUGACAUAAGUAUACUUCCUUGGUUAUUUUUAUUAUUAUUUUUGAAAUCUUCAAGAGGUUUCUUAUUCUGUUUUGUGAGCAGGCCCGACCCUAUUUGACCAGAGAGGUUUAACUUAUUGAGAAAGACUGAAACAUGCUGUUUUUUCUACCUUUUUCACAAGUAAUGCAUCUAUGCUUCAAUGAUGUAAUUAAAAUGAUAAUAGAUUUU